AUGGAGAAACAUGACCCGGGUUCCCCAUUCAGCGGGGCAAAGAUUCCCACCAUAAUACACAGUAUUGUAAACGAGCUCACAUUCUCUUUGUGUUUGUCUCCUUACAGAAGUGCCUCUUCCUUCCAGACGGCCCAGCUCAAGGCCUCACCCAGCCUGGGCUGCAGCACUCACGGGGCUCGCUCCUGUGCCCCUUACCCAAUCAAGCAAGAGAACUCAGUGGCCCACAAGAUCCCCGGUGUCCGCGGUACAUCCCAGACAGGAUUUCAAGCCUGUAGGGCCGGCCAAGUUUUGGAAGUGACAAGAGACGAGACGGUGGACACGCUGCGUGUUAKCAGCAGCAGCAGUGGCGUGUUUGUGUCAGAGGACGCAGUGCAACCUUUUAAUAAUGAAGGUGGCUCCUCCCCGCUGGCUUUGUCCCCAGCCGGCUCCCAUCAUUCAGCGCGGCUGCUCGUUGCUAGCAGUGUGAAGAGACGCUGCCUGUCGCUGGCGUCACAGUCCUCCGUCGCCGCCGCCGGCAUCGGCAGCGUCGCAUCGACAGCUUCCCCAUCAGCUCCUGGCACGGCUUCUGAGGAGAUCGACAUCACCACAAUCAUCUGCUCCUCCUCCCACAUGUCGGCGGUCGCCUGCAUCAACGGGUUCCACACUAACCUCUCGCCCAGCCACACCAGUGGCGCCGGCUUCUCGUCCUCUUCCUCCACCUCKUCGACGUCCCCACCCUCUAACUGCUGCCCCCGCGAGGACCCUUGGAGGCCCCCGCCGCACGGCAGCCCCCAGCAGGCCACGCUACAGGAGAGCUAUCAGCUGUCCUCACCUGCCACCUGCCUCCUGUCCCUUUCAUCCUCCUCCCCAUCCUCCUCCUCAGGAUCGCUCGUGGAGCCAGAGCCGGGUCUGGGGCAGAGCCUGGGGCUGUGCGGGGAGCAGGUCUCCAUGCUCCGAGGGCGUGUGGGUGAGCGAGCCGUGGAGGGAGGAGUGGGUGGAGAAAGAGGCUCAGACGGGUUKGGGCUACUGAUGAUGUCUGGGAUGUUGCAUUCAGGGCCUGAAGCUGGGUGUUUCCUGGAUGAGGGCCAAAUAUCCGGGGCUGCCCUCAAGCAGGAACCCCUCGAUGACUUCUCCCUAAGUGAAGACGAACUCUUUCAUCACCACUAUCAUCAUCACCAUCACCUGGGUGGCCGCAUUGGGCACCAUCAUCACGCUUCCCACCCUACCCGAGCCGCCAUGCCUCCUCCUUACCACUUACACCAAUACCAGGGCACCAGUUACGUGGAGCCGCUGCAGAACCAGCACACRGCACAAACCUCCUCACUGGGACUCAAACCGACCUCUGCAGACCUUCCUGCGCUGCAUGCAGCCUCAGAGCGAGACCAGGUCGGAGGAAGGAUGCUGGCCGAUAAUCAGAUGUGCCGCUGGAUCGACUGCAGUGCUGCCUACGAGCAGCAGGAGGAGCUUGUGAGGCACAUUGAGAAGGUUCACAUCGACCAACGCAAAGGCGAGGACUUUACAUGUUUCUGGGCCGGCUGCAUUCGUCGCUAUAAGCCUUUCAACGCCCGGUACAAGCUGCUCAUUCACAUGAGAGUUCAUUCUGGAGAGAAACCUAAUAAGUGUAUGUUUGAGGGCUGCAACAAAGCAUUUUCUCGCCUGGAGAACCUUAAGAUCCAUCUAAGGAGCCACACGGGAGAGAAGCCGUACCUGUGCCAGCACCCGGGCUGCCAGAAAGCAUUCAGCAACUCCAGCGACCGAGCCAAACAUCAGCGCACUCACCUGGACACGCUGAGGCCCUGUCCUCACCUGGAGCAGGACAUCCUAAGUGACUGUUUGUCCAUACAGCAGCUUCAGAACUCCACCUCCUCGCAGCAGCUGUGCAACGGCAAAGAUGGCUGUUCUCCUGCCCUCGGUCCAGACAUCUUCACAGGCCUGUAUGCUGGCUCCAGCACCCCCCACCAUGGUGCUUCGGUGGAGCUCCUGUCCCCCACCCCCAACUCUGCCCCUGUCACCGACCUGCCCGCCCGACACCAUCGACUAGAUCGGGACCUGGGCAGCCCUCGUCACCUGUCCCCGCUGGCUGCCAUGGAUGGCGUAACGAACGGAGCUUCAGGCCCCCUCCUGUCUCCUGGCAUGAAGGCAACAGGGACUCCUCCUCCUCCUCCUCCUCCUCCCUCCUUGCUGGAGAAACAGCAUGUUCAUCCUCAUCACAAGCCCUACUCUCACUAUCAUCAGUAUCAGCCAACCAACGAUGAAUACCAGGCCAGUUUUCAGAGCUGUUUCCAUUUCGGAGACUCUUACAGGACGGAGCAGGCGGGCAGCGGCGUCCACAUCCCGGGAGAUUCUCGGGCCUACAGCUCUCAUCAGCACAACGGCUUCCACGCGCCGCCCGGCAGCGCCGCCUCAGCAGGUUUUAGUUUGGCCCAGGAGGCGCAGGGAGGCGCCGGGUGCCAGUUCUCCUUGAGCUCAGAGGACAGCAUCUUCUUCCAGGUGGGCAGCCUGAGCCACGUGUCCUCGGUCUACACGGAAACAUGAAGCCAUGCUGGAGGAGAGGACAGCACUCUGCCUUUCCACCGUCUCCACCGUCUCUCCACCUCUCCUUCAGCUGCGAGUUCUCCUGAAAYGAAACCCAGCUCACGCUGAACUCUGACCUGCAGCUAAAUCAAACACAAAAAGCCCAAGGUGUGUUUAUUACACCUAAAUGAAUGUUACGCAAGACGGAAAUCUGUUUAAAACCAUUACAUUAUUUGAAAUAAAAUAAGAACUMCACAAUCAUGACAAGCUGUAUUUGCCUCCAAACAAACUUCAAUUUUAAUGUUAAAUUAUCCAGAAUUUAAAAGGAAAUCAAAGAGUUAAAGAAAACACAUGUUAGAAAAACAUUUAAGGGCAGCUGUACCGAUUUUCUAUUUUUCAUUAACUUUCAUUAAAAGUAUUAGUGUCCCGAUACCAAUACCAGUACCUUUAUCAGAAUUUUUACAAGUACUCUUACUCGUACAAAGUGCCCCGAUACCUGGAUCUGAUCCCGUCACUGUGUUACAGUUCAUAUUUCAAGUAAAACAUUUGUCAGUUCCAUGUUUAAGAAAUUUAUACAAGUUGAAAGAAAAUCUUAUUUGUUAUUUUUAUUUAUUUUAAAAUGAUUCAACAGUAUAUAUCAAGCUGUAUAUUUGAUUUGACCCAGUCAGAGGGGCUGUAUAGGGAAGGAGAGCCAGCUUGUUCUAAAUUAAGUCAUUGUGUAAGUAACUCAGUAAAUACUCGGUAUCGGUGAAUACCCAAACUGAAGUACUCGUAUUGGUUUGAGGUAAACUGGUGUUGGGACACCACUGAUAAAAGUAUAACCUUGUCUGGCUGGAAGGAAGCAGAAUUGAACAUUUUUACCAUCUGAACUUCAGCUCAACACAAUGAAUUUAGACAGGCAGAACAACUUAUUACAUUAAUUUCAGUAUUUGCUGACAUUAUUUAUGUCUGGUUUGGGUUAAACAUUUCUCAUAUUAAAAAAAAACCCGACUUGGUGAUAAAAACCCUCCAAAUGCAGUCCAAACAGACCUCUUCAUUUCUUUAAAUGUGUGAAUUUCAAACACUACAAACUUCUUUGUUUUUUUCUCUGUAAUCUACAUCUUUUUAUCUGUUUUAGACUGAAGUGUAGAAAAGAAUAUAUCAUUUUGCUGUGAUGUUGUAGCUGUGUAAAUUUUUAUUUUUGUUUUAUCUCUGUUUUGGCUCUUUUGUCCUGCAAUAAUGCAGAGAAACCUACUUUCUAUUAUUAUUAAUAAUGAUCAUCUAAUAWUUGUAUAAAUGUACAGUUUGUUUACAACAAGCAUUUGAAUGUUUGUCAUCUCCCAGACCGAGAAAUAAAUAAUUGAAGAAUGGA